AUGGAAUUUAAUAAAGAUGAGGCGGCUAGGGCUAGAGAUAUCGCAAAAACGAAGUUUUUAGCGGAUGAUUUAAUGGGAGCGAGGAGGUUCGCUCUGAAGGCUCAGAGUAUGUAUCCCGAACUGGAGGGAAUCUCUCAGAUGGUGGCCACAUUCAAUGUUCUUGAAUCUGCCAAGAAGAUAACACAUGGAGAGAUAGAUUACUAUGGGGUUAUUGGUGUGAGUCCUGAAGCUGACGACGAGACAGUGAGGAAAAGUUACAAGAAGUUGGCUGCUUUGAUUCAUCCGGACAGGAACAAGACGGUAGGUGCAGAGGAAGCCUUUAAGUUUCUCUCGCAGGCUUGGGUUGUCUUCUCUGACAAGGCAAAGAGAGCUGAGUAUGACUUGAAGAGGCACAAAGGAAGAGGUGCUUCGUCUUCAUCAUCACCAAAGCCUCCAAACAAUUCUGCUCAGAGAGUUGUCAACACAAGUGUUAACCCUCCUGCUGCUCUGGCUACUCCUUUAACUGAUGGUGGUGGAACGUUUUGGACGGUUUGUCACACUUGCAAGACACAAUACGAGUAUCCUCGUACUUACAUGAAGCGGAACCUCAAGUGUCACAACUGUAAUAGGCCGUUCAUCGCUGUGGAAACGGAUGCUCCAGGUUCAAGCUCGAUCCUGAAGCCCUUUAACGAGCACGAGUUAAAGAAAAGCAUGAGCACUCCUACUCAUGAUCCUCCACAGACCGGAGCACCAAAAGACGAGGUUGUGCGUAGAAAGUAUAACAAAAGAGCGGCUGGUGGUUCUUUAACUAAUGCUCCGAAGAGAAGAAAGGUUAAGGAGAAUGGUUUUGCUGCUAACUCCAACACUGUGAAAGACUUGUCUGAGGAGGAUGUAAAGAAUCUUCUGACGAAGAAAGUUAAACCACUAAUCAGCAGAAAGCUUCAAGAGCUAUGCAACGCAGUUCCUGAAACUGUUGCAGUUGACUCAAGCGAUAUACCAAUGGAAACUCAAGCUGCAUUGGAAGCCCUUGAGUCCAUGCUCAUGGACUCCAUUCCGGACACUUUAGUCACUGAUGAGGAUGUGAUGGUGGAUGUCCCUAACCCAGAUUUCUGCGACUUUGAUAAAGAUAGAAGUGAAGAGUCGUUCGCUGAUAACGAGAUAUGGGCUUGUUAUGACUCCGUAGAUGCGAUGCCAAGAUCCUAUGUCAUGGUAAGUAAAGUCAUCUCUGCUGAUCCAUUCAAGGUGAGUAUGGUUCGUCUUACUUCAGAGACAAGCAAUGAGGUUAGCUUAACAAACUGGCUUGGUUCUGGUAUUGAGAAAACUUGUGGAGGUUAUAGAGAAAAGAAGACUCAAAUCUGCAAGUCUCCUUACGUAUUCUCACACAAGGUGAAGCUGGUCCAAGGCAACAAUGGAGAGUUUCUUAUCUAUCCAAGAAAAGGCGACGUGUGGGCUAUGUACCGCAACUGGUCUCCUGAGUGGAGCUAUGUCAAAGAGAGCGUGGAGUAUGAUCUUGUUGAAGUCGUUGAAGGAUACACAGAGGAGUUUGGUGUAUCAGUGGUUCCUUUGAUUAAGGUUGCUCGUUUCAGAUCUGUGUUUCAUCAUCAUGUGGAUGCCAAUGAAGUGAGAAGGAUCUUCAAGGAUGAGAUUGCCAGGUUCUCUCAUCAGAUACCGUCUUACUUGCUCACUGGGAAUGAAGCAGCCGAUGCACCUAGAGGUUGCACACAGCUUGACCCUGCAGCAACACCGUCAAAGCAUCUUCAAGUUAUUAUUGGUUAG